AUGGAGAAGAAAGAAAUGAAACAGACAUUAAGUAAGAAAGGAGGGAAUAAAGCAACGUUUGACAGAGCACAAUUUUUUUGGCAUAAAGCUGGGAACACGAUGUAUUGGAAUAACAGUAAACGACUGAUGAUAACACGGCAACGAUACAUGGAGCGUCAUAAAAUCAUCUCGAGGCGAAAGGAAUGUGAAUAUUUUUGUCACGCGAUACUCCUAUGUGGAUAG